CAGCACGUAAUGCACGUUUUUCUUUCUUCUCUCUUCUCUUUAUAAACCUACCAUUCGUCCAAUUGUAUAAUUCACAAUGGCCUCCACUACUACCAAUCCCUCGUCCUAUAUCUUCAACCACACCAUGGUCCGCGUGAAGGACCCUCAAGCCUCAAUCAAAUUCUACACCGAAGUUCUCGGCAUGAAGUUUAUCACCAAGUAUGACAUGCCCGCGGGCAAGUUCACGGUGUACUUCUUGGCUUAUGUCGAUAAGCUCCCAGAGUCCGAGGAGGAAAAAAAGAAGCUUUGCUUCAGUAUUCCCGGUGUACUUGAAUUGACCCACAACUGGGGCACGGAGGAGCAAGCAGAUUUCGCGUAUGCAAACGGCAACAAGGAACCCGGCCGUGGUUAUGGCCACAUUGCCGUUCUCGUCGAUGACAUCCAAAAGGCCUGCGAACGCUUUGAGCAAUUGAACGUCAAGUUUAUCAAGCGUCUUCAGGAUGGUAGCAUGAAGAAUAUUGCUUUCAUUGCUGACCCUGACGAGUACUGGGUUGAGAUCAUCGAAAAACCUACCGCCAACAACCAAACCCCAAUUUAAAAAGAACAUAAAACUUUUUUAUACAUAUAUAUGUUUUUAUUGCAAAUAAAGCGU